AUGUCGAGUAUAAAAACUAGGCUGGAGGAAUUGAAGACCAGCACAAUGUUAUUUGGGUUGUUCUUUCUAGCUGCCAUUGCGGUAGCCAAAACAGUGCUUCUUACCAAUGAUGACGGAUUUGCAUCCACCAAUAUCAGGGCUGCGUACAGAGAGUUGAAAAAAGCUGGCCAUGAUGUGAUUUUGGUGGCUCCAGUAUUACAGCGGUCAAGCUGGGGCGGUAAAUUUGAUCUUCCAGACUCACCAACCUUGAAUUAUGACGGUGAGUUUGGGUACGUGAAGGCUGGGGACCCAUCGUGGGGUCACGAGGCUGACGACAACAGAAUUUGGUACUUCAACGGCACUCCUUCAUCGUGUGUGGCAUUUGCUUUGGACUAUGUGAUUCCGGAGCACUUUGGCAACGUCACGGUGGAUUUGGUGGUGGGUGGCCCUAACGAGGGUCCCAACUUGUCGCCAGGGUUCUAUACGGUCAGCGGAACCAUGGGUGCGGUUUACACAGGAAUCUACCGGGGAAUCCCAGGUAUCAGUUUCAGUGGCAGUGACUUUAAUAACAGUUUCUACAAGGACUCGUUGAACACUGCCAAGGACAGUCCCGCCAACAUCUAUGCCGGAAAGGUGGUGGAGCUUGUUGAUAAGGUGUUGACCAGCGGAGGGCUUCCGCAUGGGGUCGGGCUUAACGUUAAUUUCCCUACAGUGGGCACUUUGAACUCCAAGUGCUCCGAUCCCCAGUGGGAAAUCACCCGCAUGAUGGGGUCGGGGAUAUUCAUGCAAAGCUUGAACUUCAACUCCAAGUCUGGGUUGUUUGACUGGAAUGUCACCUACUACGAUGGUAUUUUGGACGGGUGCGAUGUGGGUGACUGUGGUCUCAGCUCUGAGUACGAAGUGUAUCUCAAAAACGACUGUCGCUCGACCGUUAGUAUCUUUAGCAUCGACUACGAUGCCAGCAUCAACAACAGUAACAAGGUGCGGAAGGCAUUGGAUAUGUAG